AUGUGGAGUUGUCCCAGCUGCUCAUCUGACAUAUUGCAUUUCUCAUUCGGAGGCCGUUACUAAGGUGUGUGGCAUCAUGUCGGUGUUGAGGAAGGAGAUGGAGAAGUACAGGGACAUCGACGAAGACGAGCUGCUCAUGAAGCUCUCGGAGGAAGAGCUGCAGCGGUUAGAAGAUGAACUGGAAGAGCUGGACCCUGACAAUGCACUAUUGCCUGCGGGGAUGCGGCAGAAAGACCAGACCAAGAAAGCACCCACAGGAACGUUCCAGAGAGACGACCUGCUGGCCCACCUGGAGAAACAAGCCAAAGAGCAUCCAGACAGAGCUGACCUAGUGCCAUUCACUGGGGAAAAAAGAGGGAAGGCCUGGGUACCUAAAAAGAUGGUGGACCCUAUUAUGGAGAAUGUAACUCUGGAGCCUGAACUUGAAGAAGCACUUGCCAGUGCUACUGAUGCUGAACUGUGUGAUAUAGCAGCCAUCCUGGGCAUGCAUACCCUGAUGAGUAACCAGCAGUACUAUGAAGCUCUGGCGAGCAGCACCAUAGUCAACAAGCAAGGCCUAAACAGUGUGAUCCAGGCCACCCAGUACAAACCAGUUCCUGAUGAGGAACCCAACUCUACUGAUUUGGAGGACACUCUGAUAAGAAUCAAAAGGAAUGAUCCUGAACUUACAGAGGUCAACCUCAACAACAUCAAGAAUAUUCCUAUCCCGACUUUGAAAGCGUACGCGCAGGCUUUAAUAGAGAACACAGUGGUGGAGAGGCUCAGUAUCAUUGGGACGAGAAGCAAUGACCCUGUAGCAUUUGCUCUAGCGGAGAUGCUCAAGGUUAACACAACACUGAAGAGCCUCAACGUUGAAUCAAACUUUAUAACGGGGACUGGAAUCAUUGCCCUCGUUGAGUCACUGCAGCAUAACAGGACACUAGUUGAGCUCAGGAUUGACAAUCAGAGCCAGCCAUUAGGCAAUAAAGUGGAGAUGGAGAUAGCCACCAUGUUGGAGAAAAAUACAACAUUGCUGAAGUUCGGCUACCAUUUCACCCAGCAGGGCCCACGCCUCCGAAGCUCCAAUGCCAUGAUGAACAACAAUGACCUUGCCCGGGUUGUCAGGUCCGAAUCCGAUGGCUCCUUUACCCUCACUUUAUCAGUCCCUGAGCUGGAACGUGCCUUUGGGAAAAAGUUCAAGUCAAAGACUAAGUAA